AUGAAUCAUAAAGAGGAUGUUACUAAUACACCAAAUGAAAAUGAUGAAUUAUUAGAAAUAUUAAAUACCGAAUCGACACAAGAACAUCAAGAGAGCAAAGAAGAAUUCGAAGAAAAGAAACGAAAAUUAUUAAUUUUAUUGGAUCAAGCGGUGGAAGCGAAAAUGAAAAUUUCGAAGGCAUUCCCUGAAAAAUUAGCCAAAUUUGGAAAUGAUUUAUCAAGAUUUAAUCUUAAUUGGCAUCCAGGUUGGAGAGAACCUGAAAGAUUUAUUCCAGACAUAGACUGUGACCCAUACAGAGGAGCAUGCUCAGUUAGUAGUUGUGCUUGCCAAAUGUUUCAAUCAUGGCCCGUGGGAGAACAAGGAAAUGAACUCUAUGUAUACAAUCCAAAAAUUGUUAAUCCAGAAACAGAAUUAUGCCAAGAGUGUCAUCAUUUGAAAUCUGAUCAUUAUCUCGCAACUAAAGCAGACAAAACCAAGUCGAAAGAAUUUUCUCCAGAGAAUAUGGAAAAGUAUUCAAUUCAAUUUAGUGAUGAUAUUCCUCCAAAACAUCCAAGUGAAAUUCCUACCCAUUUCUUGUCAAGAUUUUAUGAAGAAAAUCCAUUAUACCCAGGAGCAAGCCCAAAUGUGAACAAGUUGAAAUUGCUUGAGGAGACUGAAGCCAAUGACAAAAAGAAAAGAAUGUCAUCAAUGGAUGUUGACGAUGGAUUGGAAGAUGAGGAUGAUCCGCUGGCUGAUGAACUGUAA